AUGUCGACAAGCACAGAGACUGUGACGGCAAGUGCCGUCAAGCGCAACCCCAUGGACUCCAUCAAAGCGACAUGGCAGACGGCCGACAAGAAAACCUGGAACAUUUGGCACUGGUUCUUUGAGAUUCUCUCUGUCCACCCCGAAGAGCUCAACAAGCCAAUCCCGGUCUUUGCCAAGACGGACAAGGUCCCCAACUCGUCCGCCAUCCACAUACACAGAUGGGUGCUCGCAUACGCCGCCGUGCCCAUGCUGCUGCAUUACGCCUACUACAGCUACACGGGCCAGAACCUGACUCUCGGCUGGGCGCUGCUCCUCUACGGCGCCUGGCUUAACGUGACGGCGAUCCGGGAGAUUCAGGUCAUUCGCAAGCUGGGACAGAUCUACGGCUACCUCGACGGCGACAAGCACGCCCGUGACGGAAUCCCCGACGUGCGCGUGCGCCAGGUCGUCACCUCGCUCAUCCUCACCUCGUCGCUGCGGCCGACCAUGGCCAUCGCCCUGGCCUGGGACGCGACCCAGACGCCCGCGUCGCUGCUCGGCUGGCCCCUGGCGUGGCUCAUGGUCGAGCUCACCAUGUACCCGAUCAUGGUCGACUUUUGGUUCUACUGGUACCACCGCGCCAUGCACGACGUGCCCUGGCUCUGGCAGUUCCACCGCACCCACCACCUGACCAAGCACCCCAACACGCUGCUGUCGCUCUACGCCGACGGCUGGCAGGAGCUGUUUGACAUUGUCGUCAUCCCUGUGUUGGCGUUUUAUAGCUGCAAGGCCAUGGGCUUGCCCAUGGGCUUCUACGAGACAUGGAUAUGCUACGAGUACGUCAUUUUCAUCGAGCUUUUUGGUCACAGCGGUCUGCGCGUCCGCGGCUCCCCAGCGCUCACGGCAGGGCCGCUGCUCCGGUACUUUAACAUGGACCUCGCCAUCGAGGACCACGACCUGCACCACCGGACCGGCUGGAAGAAGAGCCACAACUACGGCAAGCAGACGCGCUUCUGGGACACCCUAUUUAACACCAAGACGGAACGCAUCGAGUCGUAUGAGGCAAAUGUGGAUUACGAUGUGGAUGUUUCGGUUCCCAUCUUUUAA